UAGUCCUCUGCUUGAACCACAGCUGUAGUGACGAGAAAAAAAGUUGCACACACUAAUACAAAACAACCGCGUUUUUCCUGGCCAAACUCACGGUGAACUCCCCUGAAAACUUCUCCGGAAUAUCACCUCCGCUGGAAUGGAGAGCAUUAAAACUCCAUUCAAAGGCAUAGCGAAAGAUGCUCGAGGGAGAGCAUUGUGCUAUAAGCAAGACUGGAUUGCCGGUUUACGUUCUGGAAUUGGGAUAUUGGCCCCAACUACAUACAUCUUCUUUGCUUCUGCUCUUCCAGUUAUUGCCUUUGGUGAGCAACUGAGUAGAGAUACAGAUGGAAGCUUGAGUACAGUUGAGACUUUAGCUUCUACUGCUCUUUGUGGUAUUAUGCAUGCAAUACUUGGAGGGCAACCUCUUCUGAUAGUUGGGGUUGCAGAGCCUACUAUAAUAAUGUAUACCUAUUUGUACAACUUUGCCAAAGGAAGAGAUGAUUUGGGACAUAAACUCUACUUGGCUUGGGCUGGAUGGGUCUGUGUUUGGACAGCUCUCUUGCUGUUUCUUCUUGCAAUCUUCAAUGCUUCAGCUUUAAUUAGUAGAUUUACGAGGAUUGCAGGGGAACUAUUUGGCAUGUUAAUUGCUGUACUUUUCAUUCAAGAAGCUAUCAAGGGAUUAGUGAGUGAGUUUGAAAUUCCCAAGGAUGAAGACAACAGCUUAGAGAAGUAUCAGUUUCAGUGGCUUUACACAAAUGGAUUGCUUGCGGUAAUAUUUUCCUUUGGCCUUCUAUUCACUGCUUUGAAGAGUAGAAAAGCAAGGUCUUGGUGGUAUGGCAUAGGGUGCACAAGAAGUUUUAUAGCAGACUACGGGGUUCCUUUAAUGGUUGUCGUCUGGACGGCUAUGUCAUUCGCUUUACCUGAUAAGGUUCCAUCUGGAGUUCCCAGAAGACUGUACAGCCCACUGGCAUGGGAAUCUGCAUCAUUACACCACUGGACUGUAAUCAAGGACAUGGGGAAGGUUCCUUCCGCGUAUAUCUUUGCUGCGUUUAUUCCAGCUUUGAUGAUUGCAGGGCUCUACUUCUUCGAUCACAGCGUUGCAUCUCAGUUGGCACAACAAAAAGAGUUCAAUCUCAAGAAUCCUUCUGCCUACCAUUAUGACAUCUUGUUGCUAGGUUUUAUGACGUUGAUGUGUGGAUUGCUCGGGCUACCUCCUUCAAAUGGAGUUCUGCCGCAGUCUCCUAUGCACACCAAGAGCCUUGCUGUUCUCAAAAGACAAUUUAUCAGAAAAAAGAUGGUGGAGAGUGCCAAGGAAAGCAUAAAGCAGAAAGCGAGCAACUCCGAAAUCUAUGGCAAGAUGCAAGCAGUGUUUUUAGAAAUUGAUAGCAUUCCAGUAACUACUGCAGUGGAGAAAGAGUUGGAAGACUUGAAGGAAGCAGUAAUAAAUGGAAAAAAUAAAGGAGAAAAUGCAGAAGCUGAUUUUGAUCCGGAGAAGCACAUUGAUCAGUACUUGCCUGUCCGAGUUAACGAGCAGAGAGUGAGCAAUCUGUUGCAGUCAAUCCUUGUGGCAGCAUCAGUAUUUGCUAUGCCCGCAAUAAAGAAAAUACCUACAUCAGUUCUGUGGGGGUAUUUUGCUUACAUGGCCAUCGACAGCCUCCCUGGAAACCAAUUCUGGGAAAGAAUUCUGCUUCUAUUCAUCACACCUGGACGCAGAUACAAGGUCUUGGAGGGUGAUCAUGCUUCUUUUGUGGAGUCAGUGCCAUACAAAUACAUCGCGACGUUUACACUCUUCCAGUUAGUAUAUUUCCUGGUAUGUUUUGGUGUGACAUGGAUUCCAAUAGCUGGAAUCUUGUUCCCCUUGCCAUUCUUCCUUCUAAUCAGUAUAAGGCAGCACCUUCUCCCCAAACUGUUUAAUCCGCGUUACCUCCGGGAACUUGAUGCUGCUGAAUACGAGGAAAUCGGUGGCACCCCUCAACAUGCAUUCAACCGUUCAUUAAGGGGUCAUGAAGAUUCUCGUCUGGGAACCGAGGAAGGUGGAGUGCAGAUUUGUGAUGCAGAAAUAUUAGAUGGGCUAACAACCAACAGAGGAGAGUUGAAGGUCAGAAAUGUAAGCUUCAGUGAAGAGAGACAUGGCCUGUUUCAGGUGUAUCCAGAGGCUGCUAACAGGGAAGGAGAUUUGUAGAUGAAUAGAAUCACCUAAUGAAUGAAUUAAAAAAAAAAUGUUGAUGAUGAAGAAGAUGGUAUUUCUUCUUGCCAACAAAAAUGGAUAUGAAAGAUGCCAUUAUAUUUGUAAAGGUGGGGAAGCUUAUGUUCUAAUGUUCAUAGAUAAAGCAUGGCUGUGAGAGUGAGAGUGAGAGUGAGAGACUAGUUUUUUUUUUUUUUUUUUUAAACAGGGGUUUGGGGAGAGGGUAUGAUUCGAACCCACAACCUAAUGAGUGGGUGAUCCUUUACAUGCAAUGUAAUUGCCGUACAACCAACUGCUCACUUGCAGUGAGAGACUAGUAAUGCAGUAUAGCCAUCAUUAUUAGCACUUUUGUUCUAAA